GGCAUUUAAAUUGAUUUCCAAUGUGUAGCUGUUGAAUUUAAGAUAUACGUUUAAAAAAAUAGUUUUCAGUGACCUGUUAAUAAAUAAAUCAUCACAAUGUCUAAUUGUCAAAAAAAAUUCUUCGGGCCUCUGACAUUGCAUCAAAAUAAUUUAAAACCCACGAUUUUCCAAAACGACGAAUCUGUAGAAUGCUCUUGUGUGCUGUGCGAGGAGAAGUUUACUUUUCCCGAACGUGAGAAGCAGUUCCUAACUCAUCUGUUUAUGGAGCACCGCUUAGUGAUAGCCGAUGUUAAUCAGAUAGCUGAUUUCAACGAAUACUUGCGAUAUUGGCGACUUCGGUUCAAAGAUAACAGCCUUCCGUUUUACUGCACCACAAUGCUUCUAGAUAACAAACCCGAUGGGACAAAAUCUAAAGAUGAAAAAUAUUAUUUAUUAAGUGACGUUCUGCCAGAAGACAAAGAAUUACGUUCAAAUCUACAACAAACUAAACUACGGAAACUAUUGGAAAGACAUCAAUUUGAACGUGAAGACAAAAAUUUCAUUAGAGAAUGUUUAUUUUGCCGUUACACUUCCAACACGACAAGAGUGCAUUAUCUGAGCCAUUUGUAUGAGAAACAUAAUUUUCAUAUAGCAAAACCAGAUAAUUUAAUAUUCAUAGAUGAUUUAAUCAACACUCUUGAUUCGAAAUUGGAAAAGUUGCAGUGUAUUUAUUGCGAAGGUCAUUUCAAUGAUAGGUCAGUCUUAAAGGAGCACAUGAGAAAGAAAGGUCACAAACGAAUCAAUGCUGAGAACAAAGAAUACGAUAAAUACUUUUUAGUUAAUUAUAUCGGGGAUCAAGACAAAAAAAAUGUAACAAACAGGAAUACAAAUCAGAAUGCAUAUGAACGUGAUUCAAAUGUGGAUAGCGACCCAGAAUGGUCAGAAUGGACUGAAGAUAAUGGUCCACUUAUAACCUGCCUUCUAUGUGACCACACCGAAACGGAGUACGAGUAUAUUUUAACCCACAUGGACACUAAACACGAAUUCUCAUUCAUGGAUGCGACAAACGGAUUAGAUUUUUAUCAAAAGGUGAAAAUCGUUAACUUUAUUAGACGUCAAAUACAUUUAAAGCAAUGUCUAGCUUGCGAUACAAAGUUCGAUGACUCGAAAAAUUUAGAAAAGCACAUCAAAGAGAAAAAACAUAUGACCUUGAGUCGAGAUAGAUGGGAUCAACCUGAAUAUUAUUUUCCGACAUAUGAAGAUGAUUUGUUCUUGUGUUUCAUACAAGAUGACGAUGAGAGCUGGUGGUCCGGUGAUGAGAGAGAAACAGAGAACCAAAAUGUAAUGUCAGAUAACAUAUCCAAAGAGAUGGCACUAGCAGUACUUGACGAUUGAAUUGAAUUAUGAAUUGAACUUUCAGCUUAACCUCAUAUAGCAAUAAGGACUAUAAUAUAGUUUAAAGUGUAUUUUCAAUGAAGCUCAUUAUAAGUCAAAUAGCAAUAAUGAAAUAAGGGACUUUUUGCCUUGACACAUCUCAUACAAUUGAGGUGGUAGUGCUAAUCCUGAGUGACUUGAACUGUGUCGAUUUUGCAUAAAGGUAGAAGGAAUCUUGGAAAAACAAUUCCAAACAUUAUAACAAGCUACCAAACUAAUGUACGAGUUGUGAAAUUAUAAGUUGCCUAUUGCAUUUGUAUCGACCGGUGCGGUUGUGUUAGUGAUGGAAUCCCAUAGCCAGUUACUAGUAUGUUAAAUGAAUUACGUAUCCGACAAAUAUUGAUAAAGAACUUUCAUGCUGAAGAAAUAAGAUCGUGUAAUAAAAAUUUAACCUGUAAAAAUUAUAAUUAACAUAAUUACUAAUGUUAGGACAUCCUGUGAGUCCAUGAGUCCACCCUGCUCACUUUUUGCCGUCAGGGUGCUGCAGUUGGUGUACU